CUCGUUGAAGUUUUUAUCGGUUCAGAGAAUUUGUGUUUGUUUUCGUUUCAAUGAAUGUGUGAGUUUGACAAAUUGAAAGUCGUACCUAGAGGGGCUAGAGGUCGGCGAUGAUUAUUAAUGGUGGCGUUGCUUUGCAUGGAAAUCGAGCUUAAUCCUGUGGAUUCCGCUUGGCUGGGUUAUCAAGCGGGAGACUCGCUCCGUGAAUUAGGGUUCUGCACCUCUGGACCGUUUGUGUAGUAUAUUUAAACGGUUUUUGCUUUUGCUUCCUUAUCGAAGCUGGGGUAGCAAGAAGUGGUGGUUUUGAAUGUGGAAUUUUGCUCUUAAGUUCAUUAAAAGACAUGCCGAGUGAUGAUGAAGAGACGGAAGACAUUUUCUUUGAUUCAGUGGAUUGUAUUCGACCUUGUGAUUCUGCACUUUCGGACGAUUCUGUGAGUUUAAGUUCAGAGUUGGCUUUUGGCAAAUCAGACUACGAAAUUUGGAGGAACGAGCCAAGGAGCAUUCGUGAACGCCGGGAAAGAUUUCUUGGCAGCAUUGGUUUCAAUGAAUUUGCUCCCACUAGAAGGGGUUGUUCUCAGGAGAUUGACGAGGAUACUUCUUGUUGUAGUUCACCAGAGAUUGCAGAGUUGGCAAGGAUUACAGAAUGCAGUGGGGCUGUCUCAAGGUUGUGGGCUUCAUGUGGUGAUGGUCAGGUGGAAGAUUUGGUCUGUGAUGGAAGGGGGGAGACUGAUGCUGGAACCGAGCCCAUGGAUCAUGAGUUGGAUUCCUCAACGCCAAAGAAAGAUGUAUCAUGUAGAGAAAAAAACGAUGGGCAGCUGGAUGUAAAUGUGAAUAAAAUGAGGACCUUAUGGGAAAGCAUCACAAAGAAGAGAGAAGAAGGAGAGGCAAUGGGUAAAGCUGAUCAUUCUGUAUCAAGCCCGAGAGCCUUGUGGAGAAGCCUCAUAAAGAAGAGAGAAGGAGGAGGAGAGGCAAUGGGCAAAGCUGAUGAUUCUGUGUCAAGCCCGAGAGCCUUGUGGAGAAGCCUCACAAAGAAAGGAGGAGAGGCAAGGAGCAAAGCUGAUGAUUCUGAAUCAAGCCCAAGAACAGCCAAGACAAAUAGAUUGCAUGUGCGGCACAACAGGAAGAGGUUCAUGGAGUUUACUGGGCUUUACAUGGGACAAGAAAUUCAAGCUCACAGGGGCUUCAUCUGGACGAUGAAAUUCAGUCCAGAUGGCUGCUACUUGGCAAGUGGUGGUGAAGAUGGGGUUGUUCGCAUUUGGCGUGUCACAUCUACAGAUGCUUCUUACAAAUAUGUUACUGAUGAAGGGUCUUCCAAAUUUCUUAACAAAGUGAAUGGGGGAAAGCUUAUCAUGGGAAGAAAAAAUUUAAACCUCGCUUCUAUUGUCAUUCCCAAGAAGGUCUUCAAGGUUGAAGAGUCACCAGUUCAAGAGUUUCAUGGCCAUGUUGGUCAUGUGCUAGAUCUAUCUUGGUCCAAAUCUAAUUUUCUAUUGUCAUCAUCCGAAGACAAAACUGUUCGGCUAUGGAAAGUGGGUUCUGAUGAAUGUCUCAAUGUUUUCCACCACAACAAUUAUGUGACCUGCAUUCAAUUCAAUCCUGUUGAUGAGGGAUACUUUAUCAGUGGAUCAAUAGAUGGUAAACUUCGACUUUGGGGAGUCUCAGAGGGACGAGUAGUUCAUUGGGCUGAUGCACGGGAUAUUAUAACUGCCAUAUGUUAUCAACCUGAUGGACAGGGAUGCAUUGUUGGUUCCAUUACAGGCAGUUGCCGCUUCUAUGAUGCAUCAGGCAAUCAUCUCCAGCUGGAUGCACAAAUUUGUAUUCAGGGAAGAAAAAAAAGCUUUGGGAACAGGAUAACUGGCAUUGAGUUUUCCACGGAUGAUUUCCAUAGGGUUAUGAUAACAUCAGCUGACUCAAAAGUUCGCAUUUUACAUGGGGUUGAAGUUAUUCAUAAACACAUGGGCCUCUGUAUGUCUGGGAGCCAGAUGUCUGCAUCGUUCACUUCAAAUGACAGGCAUAUCAUCUCAGUAGGCGAAGAUUCUCGUGUUUAUAUCUGGAACUAUGGUGGCUCUUCUGUUCCUUCAUCCAGGCAGCCAGAGUCUGUGCGUUCGUGCGAAAACUUUUUUGUGGAAGGAGUAUCUGUAGCAAUACCAUGGUCUGGUGGGGAAACUGAGCACAUAGAGUUAGCUUGUUGCAGUCCCCAUUGUUCCUUGAAAACACAAGAACACUUGGACUCUGCCUCACGGCGUAUGGAUUCUGAGCGGUUUUCUCUUGGCAGUUGUUUCUCCAUGGAUGGUUCAUCAAGGACUUCUGCAACAUGGCCUGAGGAGAAACUUCCCUUGUGGGCUGUACCAGUCACAGACCAUGACCAUCCUCAUCCCCACCACUAUUACAGUAAUCAUACAGCUCUGUCAGCUACAUGGGGUCAGGUGAUUGUUACAGCAGGUUGGGAUGGAGUUAUAAGGACUUUCCAUAACUACGGAUUGCCAGUCAUGCUAUGAGAGAAUAUUUAUCAAUUAUCACCAAAACCAGUGUAAAAUCAUGGGGUAGGCUCUUUAGCCUGGCUAUUUUAUUCGGGCAACUAGGCUUAAAUGUUCCCUAGCUUUGUGCAGUGGGUUCUGCAAAAUUAUCUCUUUUGCAGAUAUUUGUGUAUAGAGAGUAAAAGUGAUUUAUUUCAUACAAAAGAAUAUGAAAAUUACAGGCUUAAAUGUUC